AUGAGGGUGGCGUCCAGAUUGUCGAAGGUUUUGGCGUUGCCUGUGAGAAACGCUGCAAGUGCUGCAUUGAAGCCUAAUUUAGUUCUUGCGGACAAUUCGCUUUCAGUUGUCGAAAGUGAUGGCGGUUUGCAGUAUGCUUGUUAUCCCAAACCGAAUCCAUGGAAUGGUCUCACACGCAUCGUGGCAAUCUUCAACGCCGGCUCUCGUUUCGAGAAGACUCCUCAUAUUCAUGGUAUUACGCAUCUCAUUCGGCGUAGUUGCGGUCUUUCAACCACAAACUACACCGCCGUCAAUUUGACUCGCCAUAUUCAACAAAUGGGUGGUCGCUUACAUUGUCACACGACACGUGAGCAUAUGAUAUACUCCAUGGAUGUUGCCCCGAAUCUCGCCUCUCGAGCUGGUCUGAUUCUUGCUACAAUGGCUACUCGAACGGCCUUCUUUGAUUGGGAACUGAGAGAUCAGGUCUACAAACUGAUGCGCAAGGAUAUUGAUAUGCUGAAUCGACGUCGUUUCGAUGCUUUGACCAUGGAGCUUCUCCACGAGGCAGCCUAUGGACAACACCCCGACGGGGUUGGUCUAGGCAACUCUCUUUUCGCUAACCCCUAUCGCGUCGGUACACACACAGCUGAUGACAUUGAGGCCUUUUUUGACGCUCACUACACUCCCGUUAACACCGUCUUUCUCGUCACCGGAUGCAAUCCGAAUGAAGAAGGUCUGCAAAUCUGUGACUCCAUGCAUGACGCUGCACUGCUUCGACCCAAUAAGCCUUCUCACACAACCGCUGCGAAACACAACUUUGUUGGCGGAGAAAGACGUCGAGAAAUAACUGGCGCAGACACCUCAUAUGCGGCGCUGGUCUGGCCCACCCCCGGUGGUCACAUCGGUGAAAGCCUCACUUCCCUAGUUCUCUCUGUUUUUGCAGCCGCUUUGACCUCCCCACACCACCACGUGGCGUUCGGAUCAACGGGAGGCUUUGUACCUUGUUCAUCUUCCACCGCAAACACAACUCCCAUCCAUUUCAAUUACUCAGAUCAUGGUCUAUUUGGGAUUUUGGUGACCGGAUGUGAUGGAAAGACGGUCGGAGAACAUCUAAGGGUUGCUAGAAGGGUUUUGGCUCAGCUGGCUGAGACGGGAAUUAACGAAGAGCAAUUUGCGCGUGCAAAGGCUCUUUUUAAGGCUGAUUUAGCGAUGCGAAUGGAGAAUUUUAUCACUAUGACGGAUGAUAUAGCAAUGCAGUUGUUGUGCUGCAACAAAGGCGGUGGUGGCGGAGAUCUGAAUGUAUCUGGAAUACGUUCGGUUGAAGAUAUUUGCUCUGCAGUGGAUCGGCUUCUGCUAUCGGAGGUUAACAAGACGUUCAAGGAGACUGUGAAGUCAGAGCGGAUGGCUUUGUCAACGGUGGGGACGGAUACUGCCUAUGUACCGCCGUUGGAGACGUUAAAAACGUUUUAA